UUCCCCGCUCACCACUACCCCGAGGUCUCGCAGCCUGGGCUGGGCGGUAGUUUGGCCUCUCUCUGAUCCUACCUCUGCUGCAGCCUUGUUGCCUCACCUCUUUCACCUGGCGAGCUUCGGCGAGGGCUCGAGGUGUGGCGGCGGCAGCAGGGGCGGCGAAAUGGAGUUUGGGGCUGGCGGCCGAAACUGUGUUCACGGACACGGGGCAGAAUCCCCGAGCAUUCCUUCGCCCCGGGAUCAGGAGCGGAAGCUGGAGCAGGAGAAGCUGUCCGGGGUGGUAAAGAGCGUCCACCGGCGGCUCCGCAAGAAGUACCGGGAAGUGGGAGAUUUUGAUAAGAUCUGGAGAGAACAUUGUGAGGAUGAGGAAACACUUUGCGAAUAUGCUGUUGCAAUGAAAAAUUUGGCAGAUAAUCAUUGGGCAAAAAGUUGUGAAGGUGAAGGUCGUAUUGAAUGGUGUUGUAGUGUAUGCAGAGAAUAUUUCCAAAAUGGUGGGAAGAGAAAAGCACUUGAAAAAGACAAAAAAAGAACAGUACUUGCUACUAAGACCACUCCAGCCUUAAAUACACAUGAAUCUUCUAAACUUGAAGGUCAUUCAACCAACCUCAGCUUUACAAAUUCUGAAAUUAUAACUGAGUUGCUACAAACCUCAGGAAAAAUCAGAUUACUUGAUGUUGGCAGCUGCUUUAACCCAUUUAUGAAGUUUGAAGAAUUUCUAACUGUUGGCAUAGACAUUGUACCUGCUGUAGAGAGUGUAUAUAAAUGCGACUUCCUGAACUUGCAGCUUCAGCAACCACUCCAACUUGCACAGGAUGCUAUAGAUGCCUUUUUGAAGCAGCUGAAAAACCCCAUUGAUUCUCUUCCUGGAGAACUUUUUCAUGUGGUUGUUUUCUCUCUCCUUCUUUCUUAUUUUCCAUCACCUUACCAGAGAUGGAUUUGCUGCAAGAAAGCCCAUGAAUUGUUAGUGUUAAAUGGUUUAUUGCUUAUCAUCACACCUGAUUCCUCCCAUCAGAAUCGUCAUGCAAUGAUGAUGAAAAGCUGGAAGAUUGCUAUAGAGUCCCUGGGCUUUAAACGUUUCAAGUAUUCAAAAUUUUCACACAUGCAUCUGAUGGCAUUUAGAAAAAUAUCCUUAAAAACUACAAGUGACUUGGUUAGUAGAAACUACCCAGGGAUGUUAUAUAUUCCUCAAGAUUUCAAUAGUAUAGAAGAGGAGGAAUACUCUAACCCUUCCUGCUAUGUUCGAUCAGAUAUGGAAGAUGAACAACUGGCAUAUGGUUUUACAGAGCUCCCUGAUGCUCCAUAUGACUCAGAUUCUGGAGAAAGUCAAGCCAGCUCUGUUCCUUUCUAUGAGCUAGAAGAUCCCAUAUUACUUUUAAGUUAAUAUAAAAGCAAAGGCCCUUUCAGUCCAAACUCCUAAACUAAUUACUUAACACUAAUCAGAAAUACUACCGUGAACUCAGUACGAUUUGCAUAGAAGAAAUGCAAAGGUUGACAGAGUUUGCUAUUUUUUUCUAUUUCUGAAUUUUAAAAUGUAUUCUUAUAUAGAAAGGUUCAAGUAUCAUGCAGACUGACCUUUGUCAUAGCAGAAACCACUGUUUCAUUAGCAUUUAACACUCAGAUACCAUUGAGAGAUACCUUUAUGUCUUUAGUGUCAUUGUAAAAAAUGAAGCAUAAUUAGCUAUGUAUUUUUUCCUCUUUUCAAUGUUGACUUUAAACCAUUGCAGUGAGAAACUAAGAUAUGUAAAAGCUGUAGAUUGUAUUUUGAUGGUUAACAAGUUAAACGUAUCACAAAGAUAGAUUGGUUGAGUUGUUUUGUGAUAUACUUACUCUUUUCUAACUAAAGUGUUAUCGUUUACAGAAAGCCAUUUUCUGUUUAGUUUUGUCUGAUGAUCCAACAUUUCCUGAACUUUUUUGAAACUAAUGGUAGUUUUUUUCUUUGUUCUUGUUUAUUUGGCAACAUCAGACAUUGGGGGAGAGACUUCCCCAAACGUGUAUAAUAUAAUUUGAUUAGCACAGUGCAAAAAUCACCAUUGCCAAAGUAUUCAAUAGAAUUUGUAUGUCUUUCUUGUGGAUUGGGCUUUGGUGUUGAAUAUAUUUAACUAUGGGAGUGUACUUUAUUAAAUUUAGAAUUUAUUUACAAGUUUUUCUCUUUAAGCAAGGAACAAUAUAAUAUUUGAUAUUGACCUAAAACACCUUUGUAAAAGUGUUUGCACUUGUAAAAGAGCUUAUAUUUUAUCUAGGUCAACUGUUGUAAUGGGUCCUUGCCUUUCCAUUAGGAAGAUGCUGCACUACAAAUGUAAAAUUGUAUAGAAAAAAGUUAAAAUUAACCCUCUGCUGGUAGUCUCAUAAAAUGAUUUUGAGCUUUUGGUAUUCUUCUAUCUAAAUCCUAGGUACAGAUUUUUUUUGAAAAUAUAAAUCAUUAGUUGACUGCUGGAAUUUUCCCUUUCCACAUUGAUAAAUAUCUUUCUGUUUCUGAAUCAGAAACAAAUGAUUAAGGAGAAAUAUAUGCCCAAACAAGACAAAAUUGAGUUUAGAUAGAUAAGAAGAUUUAGUCCAUGGUGUCUUACCAGCCAGAAAUUGUCAUGUAAAUUAUCAUUUUUAAGAGCGCCACUGUGUGGAAUUUUUCAAGUUGUUUUUACAUUAAAAUUACCUCAUACUGAGGUUUUUGCACUGAAAUAUCAGUUUCAGAUUUUAUGCUUAAUGUACCUGUGUGUGUGUUUAAAGGAAGUAUUUUCAAUAGUUGAUCCUAAAUUUCAUAAACUCUGCUAAAACUGAUGUUUUGUGCUUAGUGUGAAUUGCUGUAGUUAACUCAGAAUGUCAGAAUUUAUUUGGAAAUACAAAACAUAUCCUUUAAGAUAUAAAUGUUUGAGUGUACCUGAUAUUUCAAAUUAAAUUUCACAUUCUGAAUCAAUGAAAGUAGUAAGAUUGUAAUUAACCUGAAAAGGUCAGUUAACUAAGUGCAAUAAAUAUUAGUUGUUCAAAUAUGCCAGAAGUAACUUGAAAUUUUUCUUUUACUUUCAAUAGCAUAAGAUUCUUAUAUAAGAUCGACUUUUCUUUACAAUUAUGCACUGCAGGUCAAGUUUUUCAGCUCACCCAAAAGAAGAAGAAAACAGCAUUGUGUUCAGGAUAACAAAAAAAUGUAUUCAAAUAAUACUUAUUUUACCAUACUGUUUUCUUUUUUACUUGACUAAAUACUAUCUUAAGGGCACAGGAAAAAAUAUACCAAUGAAAGUGCUUUGAAAGUAAAUGAAAACUAUGAUUUGAGAAGCUGUUGUAAGUACUACCUUGGAGUCACCCUUUGUGUUAUGGCUAAAUGUCGGUGCUAUAAAUUCUUCUGGUUGUUUACAGAUGUUGAUUCUGCUUAUGCUCCAAAGUGUGCAUGAUGUAUUUUAAGUAGUUUACAGAAAAUUUAAAACCUAUACUCCCACCUAGUAUAAAUUUGUUUGGAUUUAUAAAUAUCAUUUGUUUUGUAAGUUCAGCUUAUUCACAUUAGGUUGGCACAGGAUUUAAACUAAUAUACAUUCUACCAAAGCCAAUUCAGUGAAUUAGUUUUAAAAAUAAGUAGUCAUCUGGCAUGGUGUCAGAUUAUAUAUGUAAUGACAAGAAAAGUUAGUAGAGCCUUCUAAUACUUUAUUAGUAUGGGUACUCUUGAGAAUGAUUUCAUUUGGAUAUAGAGAAGUUAAAGGGCCUGCUGUUGCAUUCACAACAGAAUUCUCCAAAAUGAUUUGGUGUUUCAAAAACAAAUGAUCAUUUGGUUGGAUUCUUCAAAAUCAAAUGGUUUAUAUGUUAGUUGCCAAGUGGUGGGAGGUGGCAUACCUAAAAAUGUAUGUUUGUGUUUUUUGUAUUUUUUCAUAUUUUGUGAACAAAGCAUAUUCAUUAAAAAUUUUAAAUUUUCAA